CUUGUUGGCUAAAGUCUCUCAGAAUUUUAUUUGUUUUGUUUUAUUUUCUGUUUUGUUUUGUGAAGGGAGAAGAAAGAAACCAUUUGUUGGUAGCUCUUGUUCUUCUUCGGCUGAGAGGCAAUGGCGGAGGAGCAAAAAACGACUAAAGUCGACGUAGAAUCUCCAGCGGUUGUAGCUCCGGCGAAGGAACCUACUCCUGUUCCGGUGGAAGCUUCUAAAGACGUGGCGGAGGAGAAGAUUCAUACUCCACCACCUCCCGACGAGUCCAAAGCUCUUGCAGUCGUCGAAAAACCCAUUGAGGAGCCCACACCAAAGAAAGGUUCGGUCGAUAGAGAUGUGAUACUUGCAGACUUGGAAAAGGAGAAGAAGUCAUCAUUCAUCAAAGCAUGGGAAGAGAGUGAGAAGUCAAAGGCUGAGAACAAGGCACAAAAGAAGAUAUCUGAUGUGCUUGCUUGGGAGAACAGCAAGAAAGCAGCCACUGAAGCUCAACUAAGUAAGAUUGAAGAGAAACUAGAGAAGAAGAAAGCAGUGUACGGUGAGAAAAUGAAGAACAAAGUGGCUGCGAUUCACAAGCAAGCAGAAGAGAAGAGAGCAAUGGUUGAAGCUAAAAAAGGAGAAGAGCUUCUCAAAGCUGAAGAAACGGCUGCUAAGUACAGAGCCACUGGUGUAGUACCCAAGGCUACUUGUGGAUGUUUCUAAGUCUUUUUAUUAAAUCUGUUUCUCAGGUCAUUCGUUUGUGAUAAUUCCUCUCUACAUUUUUUUUGUGUGGUUCGGUUACUUUUUAUAGUUGGUUUUUGUUUGUUUGCUGUCUUGUUUAUAUAUUGGUGAUUGUGUGUAAAAAACAAAACAUGUGAAAGAUUUUAUGGAGUAUUUUCUGUAA